UAAAUCGAAUGUCCAUCGUUGCAUACUAUGUAGCCCUGACGAGAGUCGAGACACUGAGUACACAGCUUUUUGCUGCUACUAAGUAUUCACGAAGUUGGUGUACAGGGGGAAGUGUUGAAUGCGGCAUUCUUUACAGUAAUAGUAUGCGUGGUAAAGUGGCCGUUGGCGAGAGGCCUGUUCGACUCUGAAUUUGUCAGGUUGGACAAUGAAAUACCUACAAAAGUCGAACAAUGGUCUUCUUCCAUCCUAUUCACUUGUCGAUGCCCCAUCGGAUGGAGAACGGACAUGCAGCCAACGGAUAAUAUAAACUAGCGCUGGUGUCGGAACAUUACGCCCGUCGCUCCUUUUAAAUAUUAGCGCCAAGCUCUUGUUCAACAAGGACCCACAACGCGAUGUCUCCAACUCCCUGUUCCCAGUCACACACAGUGAGCGUCCAGCUCCCAGAUAUCCUAUCCUCGUGUACUUCGUUUGAAUUACGCGCAAACAGACAUUGCAGGUCUGUUUCUCAAGCGUCCGAGGCAUGGCUGCGCGACGUAGGAUUGCGGCUCGAGUGGAGAGGACUCAAAGUUGGACUGUGGGCUGCUUUGUGUUAUCCUGGCGCGGAUUUAUCUCAGUUGAGGUUGACGGCGGAUUUUUUAAGCUUGUUGGUGUAUUCGCAGGAGGAUGGUGCUGGGGAUGGAAAGCAAGUUUUUGACCUGAUAUCUGACAGGCUCAGUCGCGUUGCAUAUAAAAGCCCGGCAUGGUACAUGCGUUUUCAUCGAUCCAUGCGUGCAUAUCACGAUGCAAACCAGCGUUUGCUGGAUUACAUUUGUAUCCCGGACCUCGAGACCUAUGUCGACCUUCGAAGGGAUGCGUCAGGUUUUAGGAUGAUGUUUCACUUGAUAGAGUAUGCGGGGGGAUUGAAUCUCCCGGAGCGUGCAUCGUCGCACCGCAUACUGAAGCAGCUAACAGACCAGGCGUGUAAUAUCAUGACAUGGUCGGAGGAUGCUCUAUCUUGUGCAAAAGGCGUAACAACAACUUCACGUCCCAAUAUCGUCUCCGUCCUCAUGAAAGAACGGAAUUGUUCCUUUGGAAGUGCACUCAUACAUGUGGGCACGCUCGUAAAGCAGAGCGCGGACGCGUUCUUGGCUAAUGAGCAUUUGUUCGAUGCGUGUGUGGAUCUUGCAAUGAACGAUGAUACGAGACGGUAUGUGAAGGGGUUACGUGAUUGUAUUGCUGGGACGGUGAAUUGGCUGUAUGAGACGGAGAGGUAUUUGGGGACGAAGGGGAGUGAGGUCAGGGCAUUUGGAUGGGUGUUUGUACCUGUGUUGGAGUGAUGGUGGUAGUAGUACUCACUGGGAAAUGAAAGGGCGUUUGGCGCCGCUUUGUGGUUUGUUAUGAGUCUGAAGAUCUGAUAGCUCCUAUGUCUGAACCCAGUCCUCGUCUCGGUCCUUGUCGCGUUCAGCUUCGUCCUGCAACAGACGUUAGCACGCCAAGAAAGAUCUCUCUCUGAUUGACAUCGCAAAGAAGCUGAAUCACUCCUCUACUUAGCAAUCAAACUUCCCUCAAGGAGCGAUUUCCCCAGACAGCUUCC